AUGGAUAACAUAGAGGGCCUUAUCGAGGCUGUGCAGCCGGAGGUUGUGCGGUGGCGCCGACACAUUCAUGAGAACCCGUACGUUGCGUACGAGGAGCAGCCGACUGCCGACUACGUUGCGGAUAUCCUCGCAAAGAUGCCGGCGUCACUUGUGAUUAAGCGGCUGACGCCGAACAGCGUCGUUGCAGACCUCCACGGGGGCGCUGGCGAGGGUCCCAUGUACGCACUGCGCGCCGACAUGGACGCACUUCCACUCCAGGAAGAAAGUGGGGAGCCGUUCAGUUCGAAGCGGCCUGGCGUAAUGCAUGCGUGUGGUCACGACGCACACACAGCGAUGCUUCUCGGUGCCGUGAAAGUGCUGUGCCAGGUGAAGGACAGGAUUCGCGGCACUGUGCGGUUCAUCUUCCAGCACGCGGAGGAGGUGAUUCCAAGUGGGGCGAAGCAACUCGUGGAGCUGGGUGUUCUUGAUGGCGUCAAGAUGAUAUUUGGACUGCAUGUUGCUGCAGAGACUCCAGCUGGUAAAAUCACUACACGCUGUGGCACCCUGUACGGAGCCUGCGAUGACUUCGACAUUGUAAUCAAGGGGGCGGGUGGUCACGCUUCUCAGCCUGAGCUUUGCAUUGACCCCAUCGUGGUCGCCGCUCAUGUAGUGACAAGCCUGCAGACGAUUGUGUCGCGCCGCAUCGGCGCUCUGAAGGCUCCCGUGCUGAGCAUCUCUACGUUUCACGGUGGGACUGGCAGCUACAACGUGAUCCCCGACACUGUACACUUACGAGGCACCCUGCGCUGCCUGGACCGCGACGUUCAAGUACGUGUUCCUGGAAUGGUAGAGGAAAUUGUCGCUGGCGUGGCGAAGGCGCACGGUGCCCAACAUGAGGUGAGUUGGCUGGAGCCUAACAUCGUAACGUACAACGAUCCAGCAGCUUAUGAAAUUGCAAAAGAAGUCAUAUCAAGAUUUGUCGGGACCGAUGCGUUUGUGGAGCGAGAGCAUCCAUCGUUUGGUGUUGAAGACUUCUCAGAGUAUGUUGCAAAGAUACCAGGCUGCUUCUGUCAUGUGGGAAUCCGUGAUGAAAACUUUGGUUCAGUGUUUACGGAGCACAGCUCGAAGUUUAAGUUGUACGAAAACGCUCUAAAGCACGGUGUCCAAAUGCACGUUGGCUAUAUUGUAAAACUAUUAAUUGAGGGUAAUUAG